GACGAAGAAGACAAUGCAAGCAAACCCUCGAAGAGACAGAAAGCCGACGAUAAGAAAGUUUCGUCGCCAACAACACCGUCGCCGGUGUCGUCCGAACCACAGGUUCCAAAGGCUCAGAAGCCGGAUGGCGGCGCUCAACACGCUGGAGCAGCAGACCAAAAUUACCAAGUAAGUUAG